AUGAAUGCAUCAAGUCGCCGUUUCAUCCUGCCAGCAAACCAGGCUUCGGCCAACCUCUGCUUGGUCCGGCCCGAUGGAGAUGCACAUGGCAUGGCGAGCUUCCAAGCGGCAUCCCGCACCGCGACAGCGUCGCAUCCCACGUGGCGGGCCAUGGCCAGCAGGCAUGCUGAAUCGCGCCGGCGCCACGACGAUCAGGCACGCGCGUCUGACGAAGAUGGGCGCAUUGCAAGCAAGGUACAGAGUUACUUGGUACGAAGAUCUCCAAAGGUUCCCCGACUGUCGACCGCGAUGCCACCGGGUUGGGAGUUGCUUGAUGGCGUCGACGGGCUCCACGGUUCGGCCCACAGCUUGGUCGGGCAGUCCGGGGCGGAUGAUGCGCCGGGGUGGGACGGCGAGGACGGCGGGGAAGCGGCGAAUCACACGAUACAGCCGCGGCACGCCUCCCAACCGGCGCCUGCGGAUGGCACCGGAUCCAGCAUUUCAGUUCUACACACGUGCGUGGUUGCUCGCAUACGGUUGACGGCCGGCAAAUUAAGCAUCAAGGUUGCGCUUGAAGCUUGUUCGUCACCGGCCGGGGGCUUGCGCGAACAUGCAUGA